CUAUGCAAAAAAUAUGAGUGAUCGACACAUGUCUAGUAUUUUUCCCGAAUGCGAUCAUCUCAAGCAGAUCUACGACAAAUGCUUCACAGAAUUCUUCCAAAAGUUCAUCACUCCCAAUUACAGGCAUCAGUAUGCUGUAAAUCCAUGCGAGAGAUUACAUGAUGUUUACAAGCGAUGCGUUGAAGAGAGAUUAGCUACACAACGACCGUUCGAAAUAGAUUUGGACGAAAUUCGCAAAGAAUAUUUGAAUACAGACGAUGAUAAGUUGAAGGAUCGACAAAAUAAUCAAAAAACGAAUUCCGAAAACAAGUGUUCUUCCUCUUGAAUCUCGUUAUCCCUUGAUCUUCCUCACUUCACAACUCUCCUGUACGUAUCCGCUAGCUUUGUAAUUUAUUGAUUGUCCUGUUACUAGGUUAUUCUCUUUUUCAUUUGUUGAUUUCCGGUUAGCAUGACAUUGAAAACGCAAUAUAAAUCAAACAUUUUUU